UGGAGAAGAGGGAGCCAGGAAGAGGUCCGCUCGGUCCGGGAGAGAACCGCUCACUAAAUGGGGAGAGCCACAUCGGGGAUGGAAGAUGACGGACCGAUAACUGACGCCUGUAACAUGCCGAGCUUCAUCAGCAGUCUGGAGGAAGGGAGGGCGAAAUUGUCCCGCAACCUGCCGACGGAAACUUCCCUCACGGACGGUAAAGUUGAGCGGUCGGUCAGAGAUUUGAGCCGCCGUGUCAGCAGAUCAAACUCUCGGUUAUCGCUGGACGGGGGCGAGCGAGAGUCGGAGGAGAGGAGCAGCGAGGAGGAGAAGGAUGCGAAGGGCAACAACAACAACAACUGCAACAGCGGAGGAGGAGAGAGGAGGAGGGCGAGCGCUGUCGAGAUUUUGAGGAGGAAUUUCGGGGUUUCAAAGUCUCCCUCCGUGUAUCUGAACACUAACAGUCGGAGUAAUGGCGGCGCCGAGCACGAGCCCCGCGAAGGAGCCGUUACUAACGACGUUUCAAACGGUUAUGAAAGUGAAUGUAGCGAAUGUAAAAAGUCGGAGCGGGAACCGGGCGACGCGGGGACUAAAAACGAGCCAACCUCCAGCGACUUGACUUCGGAUGUACAAGGAGUUGAAUUUUUAACAUGUCACCGCCAUCAUAAAUGUGACAGUGACGUCAACACGACCACUUUAGACGAGUCCUUCAACAGUAAGGAACACAUCUACUGCACUGUCUACUGCAUCGCUAACGACAGCCUCCGAACAGACGUUGAAAUCACAGACGAUGAAACCAUCCCAUGUGACGCACCAGAAAUGGACUUGGAGCCCGGACAGGACGCGGGUUCGAGUCCCGAACCGGUUCUCUACACACUGGACGACCUGGUGGACCCUUUCGGGAACAUAACACACCGGUUUUCCAUGCCUGAGCAGGCCGGUGCAGAGACAGCGUUGCAGAGAUGCCGGGUGUGCCUGGAGGAGAAAACCAUCGCACCCUUGCCCUGCUGCAGGAAGGCCGUGUGCGAUGAGUGUCUGAAGCUCUACGUCAGCCCCCAGGUGCGAGUAGCCAAAACGUACAUCAUCUGUCCGAUCCCAGAGUGCAGCGGCUACCUGGAGGAGGGAGUGGUGAUUUCCCAUUUAGCCAGCGAGGACGUGGCAAAGUAUCGUUACUUUUUGGAGCUGAGUCAGCUGGACUCCAGCACCAAACCCUGCCCCCAGUGCAGUCACUUCACCUCUCUGAAGGGCCACAACCCCAGCCGCUCCGAGCACAAGUACAAGAUCCAGUGUAGCAAUUGCCAGUUUGUGUGGUGCUUCAAAUGCCACGCGCCAUGGCACAACGGGGUCAAGUGUCGCGACUACAGAAAAGGAGACAAGCUGCUUCGAAGCUGGGCCAGUGUCAUAGAGCACGGCCAAAGGAAUGCCCAGAAAUGUCCACAGUGCAAGAUCCAUAUUCAACGCACAGAGGGAUGCGACCAUAUGACAUGUACACAGUGUAACACCAACUUCUGUUACCGCUGUGGAGAGCGCUACAGACACCUAAGGUUUUUUGGGGACCAUACGUCCAACCUCAGCGUGUUUGGGUGCAAGUUUCGCUAUCUACCUGACAAACCUCACCUGAGACGGCUAAUUAGAGGGUCUGUCUGUGCCACGAAGGUGCUGAUAGCUCCAGUGGUCAUUUUGCUGGUCAUGGUGCUCGGAUCUCUCGCCUUGGUGAUAGGUUUCGUAGUUUUCCCAGUCUACUACGUGUGUAAGAGGAGGAAGAAGCAGCGCACGCAGGGCUCCGGACGCUGGAUCUGAAACCUGCCCUGCGCCUUGUCUAGACCACACACGCAGCUUGAAGACAUCUCCUCAGGGACGAAAACGCCAGCCUGAGUCACCGCAAAUGUCUGAGGGGAACAUCACAAAAUUAACAAUGGCAAUCAGUGAAAAGGGCAGCAGUGUCUCUUUCCAGAAAUCAUAACCCGGUGACUCAAGAUAAUCCACACACCUUGUUGUGAGCAGUUUCAUGUAGGAACUAUUUUCCUUCCGCCUAAGUACACCUACCAAGUGUAUCACAGCGCAGUAGGAAGCGUCCAUGACACGUCACAGGAUGUUUAAGCAGUGUCCAUUUGCAGCUUUUUACUCUUCUGUCAUACAUUUAACAACAGCUGUCUCUCAGGAGAACAAAUCUAAACGCAUGUAACGGACGGAUGCAGUUGUGUUUACACCCGCACUCAUGAGAACGCGUUAAAAGAGCAAGCUUGGAGCGCAUUCCUUGGUCGAUAUGAUGGCGUACAUACUGGAUAUUAUGAACACUGACUGCUGGGAAACAGUAGGAGGAGCUCACAGAUGAGAAACUGAUACAUGUGAGGAAAUAAUAUCUUCCUUAUUGAACUUUUGCAAAAGCUUUAGUCAUUUGUCAACAAUGCGAGAUGGAGUUUAGGACCAAGCCAUGAUGGGAAAUGAGCUCUCACAGCUAGACACUGACUUUGUUCAUCCUCUGCUGGUGGAAACUCAGAUAAUAUUGGAUAUUAAAAAUUCCAAUUGCGAUGCGGAGUCUUUGACAGGCACACUGUUGAAAAUAAUAUAAGAGGACUUCACAUGGAGGGAUGGACGGAUGAUAGUUGAAGGUUUUGCAUGAAGAUUUAAAAGCUGAGUUGUGUGUCUGGACCCUGAGAGUGACACACAGGCCACACCCACUAUAUAAAAAAUGGGGUGUGUUCAGCCCUCUAACCCCUAAACGAAAUAUUGCAAAGUGGAAUUUCAGCAAGCCUCCACUGUUCCCUGUUCUCCAUCAACUCCUCCUUCUAUCUGCCCCUCAUUUCUAUUCGGUCCCUCCUCUCCGCCUGGUUGGACAGUGGCUCACACACCCUCCCUGCCUGGCAGGUCGUCUCUGCUGUGCCCACACACUGUAUGCCAGUAUCUGCAUCAUCAAAAAAAUAAAUAAAAAAAAAAAAGCUGCUGUGCGGCAAUUGUGCCAAAACAAAACGCUGAAUGUGGCAGGUCAGACGGUUGACCCUGUCCCUUUGUUAGAUUAUUUUGUUGUUAUUGUUUUUUUAGGGGGUUGCCUGUUGCAGAGGUUUUGGUUGGUGAUGCUGUCAGUGUGUAGCGGAGUCUGCGUAAAGAAACAGAGGCUCUAUAAGACUGUAGGUAUAUGCAUUAGAUAGUUACAUGCUGCUUAAAGUUAAAGUGACUGAACAUGCUGUUGCGAAUGGUAGCUGUUGCUAAACAGGAUAAAGUAUUUAAGAUUGUACUUUUCUUUACGAUGUAGCCGGGGUGGUGGUUUGCUUCAGAGCUGAACAGGGUGUUAGGGUUUUUGUUUUUAAGUAUGAGUUCAGAGGUUAUCCUCAGGCUGCUGUGCGCUGAAUGUGUGGAAUAAAUUUGGAUGUUAAAGGUCCAGUGUGAAGGAUUUAGAGGGAUAUAUUGGCAGUAAUAAAUUAUUUCUCUGGUGUAUAAACACCGGAAAAUUAGUACCGUAGUGUCGCCGUCGUAGUUAGCAAGCCAAACAGCACCCGAGAAACCCUGAUUUUUAACAUGAAACUGCUUUAUUCAGUGUUUUUACCGGUUUAAAUCACCUGAUCUGUUUGUUUUGGAGAGGAAGAGACCUCUGAGGAUAAUUCGGCUGCAAGUAAUAAUCUCCUAAAUGUCUGGAUCUUAAAUUAUCAAAGAAAAAAGCUGAGCAGAAGAGCAGUACAUCUGCGACGAGCCAAACAUCAUCAAAGAAAGGCUCAUUUAUAGUGUGAAACUGCUUCAUUCAGUGGUUUUACCGGUUUAAAUCAUCUGGUUUGUUUUUUUCUGUAGAGGAAGAGACCUCUGCGGAUAAUUCAGCUCCUGGUAAAAACCUCCCGAACAUCUGGGUCUUAAGUUAUAGAAGAAAAAAGGUGAGCACACAUUAGCAGAUGCUGGGCUAACAGCCCAUCUGCGACGAGCCGAACAGCAUCAGAGAAACGCUCAUUUUUAGUGUAAAAUUGCUUUAUUCAGUGUUUUUACCGGUUUA